AAGCUAGGAAGUUCAUAGUCACCAAAUACAAUAUCCAUGUGAUAAUGGAAAUCUUGAAAUUCCAAGCCACUAAAUUAAUGUUUAAUUUGUUGCUCUUGUCUCCAAUAGUUCAAUAUUCAAGAAUCAACAUUAUUGUGGGUGUGUUGUGUUCCAUUACAUGAAGUAAUUAACAUCCCCAGAGGAGGAAGAAAAGAGUCGGCCACUCGGAAAUAGACAGCAAAAAUGGAAAAUUGGUCAAAGUUUCUCAAGUUGCGCAUAUUGGAAUACGAUGCAGGCUCCACACACGUAUAUAACCAGUUUGUGCGCUUAUGUGGAUCCACACUACCUGGCAUGUGAACCCCAAAUAUGCGGUAACCAAUCCAUAAGAUACCCCUUCUACAUCCAAGGCAAGCAGCAACCUUUCUGUGGCUACCCUGGUUUUGCCAUCUCUUGUGCUGAUAUUCAUGGCUUCCCAACUCUCAAUCUCUCCAAUACUUCUUACAUCAUCCAUCAAAUAUUCUACCACAACGAAUCACUCAGAGUCUCCAAUGCUGCCUUCUCAUCAAAUACUUCUUGUAUUUCUCCUACACACAACCUCACCCUUCCUCCAACCAAGACCUUCAGUUUUCUUAAUCGGAAUCAUAAUAAGGACAUCUUACUGUUCUUCGGAUGUAAUCUGUCAUCCAUGCCCACAGAGUUGAUGGGUUACAGAAUUGGGUGUUCUGAAGCGAGCAACAAAACGGGUGGUUCGGUUCUGGCAUUGUAUAAGGACGAUGUGAAGACAGUAACAUCGGUCUCCAAGAGUUGCGGGAGUGGUGGAGAGGUGGUGGAUGCGGUGGUGGAAGGGAGUGAAGGAGGAGGAGGAGGGAUGGAAGAGGAGCUGAGGAGAGGGUUCAUGCUGAAUUGGACAGCGAGUGAUUGCAAGUUGUGCAAUAGGACAGGAGGAAGGUGUGGCUUCAAUUUAACCAUAUUCACUUUCCAGUGUUACUGCACCGAUCGAAUUCAUGCUUCCAAAUGUGAUAUUACAGGGAAAAAAGAUCUGAGUAAGAAGGCUAAAUUGGGUCUAGGUUUGGGUAUUGGCUUCUUAGUCAUAUUGAUAAUUGGUGGCAACUCAGGCAGCAGCCACAUUGAAUCAAGAUACUCUUAUUCUGAUUCCUCUUCCAAUCCACACCUAGAUAAUGGUGCUGCUUACCUCGGAGUUCCACUCUUCUCCUACAAGGAUCUUAAAGAAGCAACAAACAACUUUGACCAUAACAAAGAACUUGGAGAUGGAGGCUUUGGCACUGUCUACUACGGGAAACUCCAAGAUGGAAGAGAAGUUGCUGUGAAGCGCUUGUAUGAACACAACUACAGGAGAGUAGAGCAAUUCAUAAAUGAAGUUCAGAUCCUAACACGUUUGAGACACAAAAAUCUUGUGUCUCUCUAUGGCUGCACUUCGCGCCACAGCCGCGAACUGCUGCUUGUAUAUGAAUAUAUUUCUAAUGGCACGGUUGCUUGUCAUCUCCAUGGCGAAUCAGCCGAGCGCAGCUUACUACCUUGGUCUACAAGAAUCAAAAUUGCCAUAGAGACUGCUACUGCAUUGGCUUAUCUUCAUGCUUCUGACAUCAUUCACCGUGAUGUGAAGACCAACAACAUUCUCCUUGACCAUAACUUUACUGUCAAGGUUGCAGAUUUUGGCCUUUCAAGACUAUUCCCCAUGGACGCAACCCAUGUAUCCACCGCGCCACAAGGGACUCCUGGUUAUGUUGACCCUGAAUAUCACCAGAAUUACCAGCUUACUAGCAAGAGUGAUGUGUAUAGUUUCGGAGUUGUGCUCAUUGAGCUAAUAUCAUCCAUGCCUGCAGUUGAUAUGAACAGGGAUAAGGAUGAGAUUAACUUAUCAAAUCUAGCCAUGAAGAAGAUUCAAAAUAGUGCAAUUAUUGACUUGGUUGAUCGUUCUCUCGGUUUUGAUUCAGACAAUAAGGUAAGGAGAAUGAUAGUUUCGGUGGCGGAGUUGGCUUUUCAGUGUUUGCAAAGAGACAAGGAGUUGAGACCUUGCAUGGAUGAAGUCUUGGAUGAACUGAAGAAGAUUGAGAGUGGCAAGGAUCAUGCAGAGCUUCAAGAGGAAGCUGAUGUUGAUGGUAAUGAAGUUUCUCACAAUAAGAUUGUACAUUCACUUCCACCACCAUCACCUGAAUGGGAUGAAGUUGGAUUAUUGAAGCAUAUGAAGAUACCACCACCUUCACCAAUCACUGUCACUGAUAAUUGGGAAAGUAAAUGCACCACGCCCAGCAUCAGUGCUUAGUUAAUCAUAUAGUACUACUCUGUUACCAAUUGUUCAUACUCCAUUUUUACUAUAUAUAUAAGCUUUCAAGUCUUAGUUGUAACUCAUUGUGUCAAAGGAUCAUCAUCUCUCUCUUUUUUUAUCUACUUGUACAGUAGUUUUUAAUAGGAUGUUCAUUGGUUAAUAUUAAACGGCCCGUUGUAAUUAAGCAGAGUUAAAUUGAAAGGCAGAUGGAAGCAUUGCGUUCGAAUAUUGCAAUAUCCUUAUGCGGAUGUACAUCUAUAAUUUUGCUCCGUUGGAACAAUAUUUAAGUGUAGAAAAUUGUAUAUGUUU